AUGAAUCACAAUUCAUCGUUAUUAAAUAUAAACAACCUGAAUUGUUCAACCGAUUGGAAAAAUGAACAAAAUUCAACGUUUCAACUAAGUACAUUGAAGUUUAAUGACACUGAAACGAUAAUAAUUCAUCCAAGAAAUGAUGAUUCUAAGCCAGAAACUAAAUAUUACUCUUCUUAUAAACAUCCUUUCAAUCGUAUAAAACAGCCAUCAAGAAAUAUUUUUCAAAAUAAUGAGAUUUUUAAUUUCCGUUCACCAAUUUUCGAAAUUGGAAUUAACAGUUGUGGGAUACCUGAUCCAUUUAUAUCAUCCAAUUUAAAAUGCAACAAUAAUGAUAACAAUUCACCUGAUAAACCAUCAGACUUAAAUCUGUUUAUAAGUGACCAUCAUCAUCAGUGCCAGUGUGAUAUGUCAUCUUCUAUAUGGGAUAAAUGGUCAUUUUUAUCCUCAAUAAAUAGUUAUCAUGACAAUUCAGAUUGUACCAUAACAACAACAGAAACUGUUCAGUCAGUAGGAAAGUCAGACGCUUUAGCUGAAUUUGUUGAUAUGUUUAAAGAAAAAAGAAUAAAACUUGGCGUAACACAAGCUGAAGUAGGACGUGCAUUGGGUGCACUAAAUUUAAGUGGUUUCGGUUGUUUAUCACAGUCGACAAUAUGUCGAUUUGAAUCCUUGUCAUUAUCACAUAAAAACAUGCUUGCUUUAAAGCCUGUUUUAGAAAUAUGGUUACAACAAGUAGAGGGUGGUUUAUGGGCAAAACAAGAACAUCGCCUCCAGGAAUCACAUAACUAUUUUAAUCGUACACAUACUGAUUCCACGGACUCAUUCAAGAAUUCCUCAGACUCUUCAACUAACUCUCCAGUUUUCUCACCAUUUGCUCCAUUAAAAGAUUCUGUAAGUAAUCAACGUCGUAAACGUACGUGUAUCAUGGGUAGAGAAAAAUAUAUUCUUGAAUCGUUUUUUAACGCAAUUAACUGUAGACCAACCUCAGAUCAAAUGAAUCAAUUAGCUUUGCGAUUGAAUAUGCCAAAAAGCGUAAUACGUGUAUGGUUUUGCAACCAACGUCAAAAAAAUAAGCGUCUUUCCAAAUUAUUACCAAAUUCUUUACCUGAAGGGAAAAAAUGUUCAUCAUCGUAA